AUCCAAGAGAUUUCUUUCGAAGCGGGUGCCACCAAUCACUCUGAGAGAUUACCUACUACGGCUUCACCAAUAUUGCCCCAUGUCCACGGGCGUUUAUCUGGCUACGAGCAUGUAUAUCACCAGAAUGGUUAAUACUGAGAAAGUGAUGCAAGUCAAUGGAAGGAAUAUGCACCGUCUAGUUCUUGCGGGGCUUCGAGUUGCAAUGAAAACUCUGGAAGACCUAAGUUAUCCACAUAGUCGGGUUGCUAAGGUUGGCGGAGUGUCCGAACGUGAGCUGUCGAAACUCGAAGUCAGUUUCUGUUUUUUGGCAGAUUUCGAUCUACGGGUUGAUGCGCAUAUGUUAUCCGAGCAGGCAAGGCUACUUCAAGCCGGGUUGGAUCUUACUGGCGACAAUUCCCCCGAAGCAGUUGAGGGCUUCUCAUGCCAAGAGUGAGGGCAUGUUGACUGCUCUCCUUGUUAUGACUUACGCUGUGCUUGUCAUGAAGGAACGACGUACGUUUGCUCACCAUCCCGGAGGAUCAUUUUGCAUUUUUUUUUUUGAAUUGAUACCCAGCGAUGGCUCAUGAUAUUGCUUGCUUGGUAACCAAUUUCCACCGACUGUUGGGUGACGACCUUCGAUGGUAAAGCUCAGUGGGUAUGAAUAGUUGAUU